AUGUAUUCACUCCGUAGGAAACUGGACAGCACGUCCCUGUUGGCAGCGAACAGAGCGUGUCCCGCGUGGGCGACCGUUAUCCAGGGCCACCGCGUGCUUCAGCUGCGGCUGCGGCGCCGGCGGCGGCACGAGCGCCUCCUGCUGCACCACACGGAGGCAACGCUCGCCGCCUCCAGGCACCAGCGACACGAGAAACAACGAGUACCUGAAGGCUAUUACGUCGUUAACUACGAAUGUGUGACGCGGCCGAAUCGUCUGAAGGAGAGUCCGGAUGACAAUAACCUGCCUGGCUACCAAGUAGCUGUACAUGACCCUCUCACUCACGCCUCCACUUCUUUCCUUUCAGCGGCCGAGCUGCCUAUUCGUCGCAUCCCGCACAGCGGAAUCCACCGGGGGUUCGGCCGCUUCCGGGGCCGCAUCGUCGGCGGCCAGGACGCCACCAAAGGGCAGUUUCCGUACCAAGUAUCACUGCAGUGGGUGGUGCUGGGCAUAUCUUCUCACACAUGUGGUGGCUCGAUAAUCAGCACCAAAGCCGUCCUCACAGCUGGACACUGCACCCAGUCUGGCUUGUUGGGGUACUAUGUGGCAGUAGCCGGAGAACACGAUUUCAGUACUGACGAAGGGACCGAGCAGACGAUCGAAGUGGCAGACCAGAUCCUGCACCCUGAUUACAAGCCUUGGGGGAACGUUGCAAUCAACGACGUGGCCGUCUUCACCCUGCAGUCGGAGCUCACCCUGGACACCUACGUCCAGAAAAUAGCUCUUCCCGUGGCUGACAGUGUUCCCACUGCUGGAUCCAUUGCUGCACUCUCCGGCUGGGGCAGGACCAAGAGCGGUAUUCUGCCGCACAACCCGGACAUCCUGCAGUACGUCGACGUCACCGUCAUCGGGAUGACCGAGUGCUACGAGCUGCUGGAAAAUUACAGCGCCCUCAACGACAAUAACGUGUGCACCGGGCCGGUCACCGGGGGAAUUUCCGCCUGCACCGGAGACUCCGGCGGUCCAUUGGCCCAGGAUGGCACAGUGAUCGGGAUCGUGUCCUGGGGUCUGAUGCCGUGCGGCUCCGAGGGCGCGCCUACCGUCUUCACCAGGGUCUCUGCCUACGAAGACUUCAUCAAUCAGUACCUUUAAUUCAGCGGCGCUGCAGCUGUUAUCAGUUUCAGUGACAUAAUAAAUUGAUCUUAAGAGCAGAA